AUGGUGUCAACGUUGGAGAACAGCGAGAGUGGUCUCACAAUGGCGUCAGCUGGGCCCCCAAAACUCAGCCGGCCGCGGAUGCUAGUCGUGAUCAGCUGCCUUUUUCUAUCAUUAUUCACGGCGGCUCUUGAUUUUACAAUCACCAGUCCCGCCAUUCCCACUAUCGUCGCAGAUUUCCGAUCGGGUUCAGGCUACACCUGGAUCGGCUCUGCCUAUCUCUUGGCUAAUGCAACUUCCAGUCCAGUAUGGGGGAAACUGAGCGAUAUAUGGGGACGCAAAGCAAUGCUGCUUACUGCAGUCGCGGUCUUUUUCAUCGGUUCUCUCCUCUGCGCAGCAUCAACCAAUAUGCCCAUGUUUCUCAGUGGCCGUGCCAUCCAAGGAAGUGGAUCGGGAGGCGUCGUUAUCCUCGUCAAUAUCUGCAUCACAGAUAUGUUUGAUAUAAGACGCAGGAGCAUGUACCUGGGACUAACUAGUGUGGUCUGGGCACUGGCUAGUGGUAUCGGUCCGGUCCUAGGCGGAGUGUUCACUGAACUCGUCUCAUGGAGGUGGAAUUGGUGGAUUAACCUGCCUUGCAGUGCAUUGGCGUUUGUCAUGCUGAUCUGGCUUCUCGACGUUGACACUGGAGCAAACCGACUAUCCUUCCGAUCUGGCCUGAAAAGACUUGACUGGCUUGGAAUUGCCACCAUUUUAGGGGCCACCUUGAUGCUUCUCCUGGGCCUGAAUUUUGGUGGAGAAUCUUUUCCGUGGAAGUCGCCUACGGUCUUAUGUCUCAUUGUAUUUGGAGUCAUCACAAUCCCCUUGUUCGUGCUUAGUGAAGCGAAAUACGCCCGGUUUCCCAUCAUGCCAAUGCGUCUUUUCAAGCAUCGCUCAAAUGUGGCAUCAUUGUUGGUUUGCUUUUGCCAUGGUUUUGUGAGUUUUUUCGGUCAAUUACCUCACGAUGUCAGCAAUUGA